AUUUUUAGCUUCUUAUAUUUCUCUCUCUUCGACCAAAAACUGUUUUUUCCUCUCUUUUUCCUCUUUAUUAUCUCUGAAAAUCACACACCAUAUUGCAACCUUGUUGUCUUUUGGUUGGUGGGUUUUUUUGAUUCUUUGAGUCUGGAGUCAACAAUUGAGUUCAAAGGAGCUGUUAAAGGCUAAAGAUCGACCAGUUCCUAGAUCUGGGUGAUUAUUACAAUGGUUGCGAAUUGAAAGCACUGAACCUGGGCAAGAGUAUGGCUGUUGCUGGCUUGCAUAAUAUUUCUGCAUUUGGUUCUUCUUUAUUUAUAGAGUCUCAGCCCUCGGUCUCGAGGCAACGGGGUGAACAUGAUAGGCCGAGAACCCGGGCUUCAUCUAUUCUUCAAAUGUGGAGGGAGCUUGAGGGCGAGCACGUCGUGAGUAAUUCCUAUGCUCCUACUGGAGAUAGGCAAAGACCACAGAGGAGUGACGUUGAGAAUUUUGACUGUGGUGCCAAUGAGGACCAGAAUCAAAGAUGUACAUCUCAAAGCCAUAUCGAGCUGGACAAUUACUUUGAUGAUGGCCGAAGUGUUAGCUCAGAUCAAUCUAGUGAUUUUGGGGAGGUUGAACGCGAAAGAGUGAGGCAGAUUAUUCAGGAGUGGAUGAACACUGGUGGAAAGUCUCAUUCACAGUCAUUAAAUGUCUCACAUGUGAACAACUGUUCUAAGACACAGUGUUUAGGGGAAAAUGAACACGGAAGGGUGAGAAUCAUAAGGGAGCGGGUGCAAACGAAUAUUCAUCAGAGUGGCACAAGUUCUCCUAGAGAUGAAGUUGCUACUGAAACCGGCUCUCAAUCUGAACAAGCGCGUGAUGGUUUGUUGGUUGAUCAUUCACAAAAUGGAGAGAGAAAGACCUUGCGCAGAAGACUCUGUGGCAGACAAGCUCUCGUUGAUUUAAUGAUGAGGUCUCAGAGGGAAAGGGAAAAAGAACUUCAGGGACUGUUGGAGUGUAAGCCUGUAUCAGACUUUGCUUAUCGUAAUCGGAUUCAGUCAUUACUCAAGGGAAGGUUUCUGCAAAAUGGAAGAUUGACAAAUGGUGAAAGAACUGCUUCAAAUGCAGCAAGUGAGCUGGGCUUACUGAGGCAAAGACAUACUGUGUCUGAUUUAAGGGAAGAAAUUUUGUCCAGAUUGGACGAUAAUGUGCGUGGUUCUACAAGUAAUAUGCAGCCAUCCUCUGCAAAGUAUGACCCUCAACCAUCUCAAUCAAAUAGUGGACAAGAGGUAAUAGACGAAUGCUAUGAUCAAGCUGAACUUACUAAUGAAGAGAGAGAGAUCAAUGGGUUUCAUGUGGUAGUGAACUCAGAAAACACUAUUUUUGAGCAUGUGAAUCAUCAAUAUAACAUUGACCAAAUAGCUGUAACUUCUGAGCAAGCUGGAGGAGAUGAAGAUAACGAGCAAGCCACGUCGAAUUUGGAGUUUUCUUGUAGUUUACCUGAAAUACAAAAUAAUGGCAAUAGAAACUUGGUGGAAAAUGCUGGUGAUGGAUGGUUGCCCGAAGCUGCGGCUAUUGAACGCAAUCUGCAAGGUCAUGUACAAGAAUACCAUGCAACCUUCCAUGACAAUGAUGCACCACAAAGUGAAGCAAGUGAUUCUCGUGAUGUGGUAGAUGGUCUUUUUCGUGACUUCGAGAGAAAUGUCUUUGAAGAUUAUGACUGGGAAGGUUCAUCAGCUCAAGCAGAGGAGCUACAGGAAUUUAUUGCAGAGCACGAAGAAAGAAAUUUGCAGCAAGUGGAAGACCCAGAGAUAUUUGUAACAGAACACGAGGAAAGUGAGUCACAACAUUUGUAUGCUGUUCAGAAUGAAUGGGUAGAUGACCCCACAGAAAACAUGGGUGGAGAUUCGCAGGAAGGUGCUCCUAAUCAAUCUUAUCCGGAAAGGUUGGGAAGUGGCAUUGAAGAACAAAACCAUGCACAAGAACCACACGAUGAGUGGCAUGAAGAGGCAAUUGAUGAUUGGUUUGACACGCCUUCUGGCCAGGAUGAUGGAUCCAUUGGAAGAGUUGAUACAUUUUAUAUACCAGAUGACGACAAUGUUUAUAGCAUUGAACUCCGAGAACUUCUAAGCAGGAGGCGCGUCUCUAAUCUGCUUAAUAGCAGUUUCCGUCAGAGUCUAAACCAGCUAAUACAAUCUUAUGUUGAAAGACAAGGUCAUGCUUCUUUUGACUGGGAUAUGGAUGAAGCAUCCUUAUACCCAUCUGAUGCAGAGCACGAGCAGCAGCAGGAGAAUGUUAUUCGAGAUGGGCCUCAGAUAAAUAUGGAGGGAAAUCCCUUUGCUAUGACUCCACCUCAAGAGGCACCUUCUCGGCCACAUUGGAAUCAGGAACCCGAGGAUCAGAAUUUGCCUCGCCAAAAUCCACAUCAGCGCAUGGGAGAAUUAGAGUGGGAUAUCAUCAAUGAACUGAAGAUUGACAUGGCUAUACUUCACCAGAGGAUGAACGAUAUGCAAAAGAUGCUUCAAACAUGCAUGGAAAUGCAAGUUGAGCUGCAGCGGUUGGUUCGCCAAGAAGUUUCUGCAGCCCUAAAUCGGUGUGCUGGUUCAACAGAUGUGGAUGUUUGUGUGGAUAGUCUGCUGAACGAUGAAUCCAAAUGGGAUAAAGUGAGAAGAGGAUUAUGUUGCUUGUGUUGUAAUAACAAUAUAGAUUCUUUGCUGUACAGGUGUGGCCACAUGUGCACAUGUUCAGAAUGCGCAGAAAAAUUGGUCCAUGAAAAAGCCAAGUGUCCAAUGUGCCAGGCACCAGUAGUUGAGGUGAUCCGAGCUUUCUCUAUACAGUAAUUGGUAUAUAGUAGAAGAACAAGUAGAAGAUAAUAUACCAGAGAGAGAAGAUAGAUAUUGAAAUAAAGAUUUUCCUUGGCACCUGCAGUCUUGCUCCUUUAGUGUAGAUUUGCACAUCUGAUUUAUUGUCGAAAACAAAAUAAGCGGGUGAAACUUUUCAUUUGUCGAAAAUCUCCAAUAUCGGUGUGUUGACAAAUUGGUUGCCUGACAUAGCUAACAGGGGAAGUCAUAAGUUUUUGUGAUGGCUUGUGUUAUGUGAUGUUAUUUGAAUAACCUUAAGCCAGGAGAGAUUUAUGAAAUUGCUACAGCGAUCAGCAAGUGUGCUAUGGGAAGCAUCGAGUGUUGAGAAUGAUUAAAGACUUUUCUUUGAUCAUGCAUCUGUGUGAGCCUGUAAUUUUUAAUAGCCCAGCAUUCAAGUUGUAGAUUGCUGUGUGUUGUUAGAAGCUUCAAGUUGGGCCAUGGAUCUUCAAAACCCUUCCAUCAUACAGAAUAUUUUGCCCCUUAAAUUAUGACCAAGUGGUGAUACACAUCAUAUCCUUUUGUUCAUCUCUUCCACAAGGAUGAGGAACUACCAAUGUAAAGUGUAAUAUAACAUUAUACAUUAACUCAUCCCAAAGAAUUGUAGUCCUUUUAUUUAAUUUUAUAUAUAAUAUUGAAUCCAGAUGAGCUUAAAUGAAGCGUUAUCCUAA